AUGAUGUUAGAAUCUGUAGCUAAUAUUAAUAAUACAACUUAUCCAAAUAGCUUUUUGGAGCCUCAGACAGUGAGAUUAUCUAACGGAAGGUUAUUCAAACCUAUUUUGAGGAGUUAUUCUGAUAAGGCUAUUAAUGAGAUAUAUCAAUGUCUAAGAAACCAAGGAGUAGCCAUCACAGAAUCUUUUCUAUUUGGAUUAAGUGGCCCAAAUCGUGAAACUAUUAAGCUUUGUGGAUGUAGUGGUGUAAAAACCAGUGCCUUGAACUAUGUCUUGUUCCAUAGUCCAAAUAUAAGGAUCUUGGAUCUCAGUAAUUGCCUACAGGUUAACAAUAGACUAAUACGUUCAACAAUUAAUAAUUGUGAGAAAUUGAGAGAACUUUAUAUAUCAGGCUGUAAAUUGGUUACUGAUUCUGCUUUUUCUCCAUAUAUAUUUUCACCUACCUUUGGGCAUAGUGUAAGUAACUUGACAGUAUUAGAUGUAAGCAAUUGUCCACAAAUAACAGAUUUAGGUUAUAUUAUUAAACUUGCUCCUAAGAUUGAGAGAUUGAAUGUAUCUAAUUGUCGUAAUUUAAAAGGUUCAACAUUUACUAAUCUUCUAGAAUCUGCUAUAUUUUUAAAGGAAUUAAAUAUUUCAUCUUGUGAUAGUAUCAAAGAUGAGGAUAUAAAAAUAAAUUUAAUGGGUAAUUUACUUUUGGAAAAAUUAAUUUUGGGGAGAUGUAAAUUCUCUUGUGAAAUACUAUCAGCAUUAUUCUCAAUUCUACCAAAUCUCUUACAUUUAGAUCUACGUUACAGUUUAAAUAUUAAUGAUAGUAUAAUUAAAAUAUUAUCAAUAUCUUCACCUAAUAUUGAAAACUUAAUUUUAAGAAGUUGUGCAGGUAUUACAGACUACUCAUGUUUUCUAUUAAUGAACCGACUUUUAAAAAUUAAAUAUUUGGAUUUAUCUUGGUGUCCAAUGUUAUCAGUCAAAUCACUAUAUUAUUUAGCUCUUAGAUUUAGUAAUUCAAAUACUUCCUCACUAACAAGUCUCUCUUUAAGUCAAAGCGUCAAUUUAGACCAAUAUAUUGAAAAUUCUACAAUUAAAGAGUCUUGUUCAUCAAUUCUAGAUAGUAUUCCAACAUUUUCUUUAAUAGAUGAAUAUUCUGAAGAAGCUUGUACAAAAAAACAGAGAGUUAAUAUGAAUAAUGAGGAGUCUGAAGAUAUCAAUAUGGGGGAUUUGGAAUCUAAAAUAAGUGAUUUAAUCAUUUCCUUAAAUAUAAGUAGUAGCAUGAUUGGAGGAGGAAGUAUACCUUUAUCAUUAUGUUGUAUCUUAAAGCGAAAUGAAAAGAGUUUGGAGACUUUAGAAUUGGAUGGUCUAGCUAAUCUUGUUACUAGAGAUGUCUUGCUUUGUAUUGCUAAUUGUCACAAUCUCAAAACCCUUACUAUUAGUUUAAAUGGACACCAACUUUGUGAUGAUUUAAUUCAGAAAAUAGGCAUAUAUUGCAAAUAUUUAAGAAAUCUAACUUUAGAUCUCUCGUUACUUACAUCUAGAGAAAGUCAUACAAAAUAUAUUGAAGCUUUAAACUCAAAGGUAUUUCCUCAACUUGAACAAAUUACUUUGAGAGCAAGUAUUUCUUUAGGCCUUUCAAAUGAGGAAUUUCUAGCUAUCUCUAAAAAUAUGAGUAAACAACUCAAGUCAUUAACAAUUAAUAACGUACAAGGUUUAACAAAUGAUUUUAUAAUGGCUAAUCAUAUUUGUUUCAAAGAUCUGUUCAUAAAUUUAAAUCACUUAACAUUAUGUAAUAAUGAAAAUAUUCAAAAUUCCGAACUUCUAAAGCUUUUAAACUAUUUAGUGAGCCCCAUACAUAUAGAAAUAUUAAACUUUAAAUAUGCAGAAGAAAAUCUUGCACAAACUCUCUGGACUAAAUAUAACUCACUCAGGAACUUAGUAGUUGUUAAUAUUAAAGUCAAGAGCAUGCUACAGAGGUUAUAA